ACACAGCCUCCUGUUCGACCCGGAUUACGAGUGUGUUCUGAACACAGACGGGUUCUGGGACGGGUUCCAGCUCAGGGAGCUCGUCUAUAUAACCGGCCUCAUGGGCCCCGACAGUGACAGCCAACACUCCGGAGCUGCUCGUCGCACCCCUCCUGGAUCACUAUGGCAACCGAACAACAGAACCCUACAACCAAACAACAGAAUCCUCCAUCCAGCACUUUCAAGCUGAUCAUCUACGACCAGGAGAACUUCCAAGGUCACUGCCAUGAGCUGACUGGGAUCUGUAACAACCUGCAAGAGGCGGGUGUGGAGAAAGUGGGCUCGAUACUGGUGCUGUGUGGACCGUGGGUGGGGUACGAGCAGCCCGGCUGUAAGGGUGAGCAGUUCGUGCUGGAGAAGGGCGAGUAUCCUCGCUGGGAUGCCUGGACCAACAGCCGGCGCAAUGACUGCAUCUUCUCCUUCCGCCCCAUCAAAGUGGACAGCCAGGAGCACAAGAUCGUGCUGUACGAGAAUCCCAACUUCGCAGGCAAGAAGAUCGAGAUCAUAGACGACGACGUGCCGAGCUUCCACGCUCACGGCUACCAGGAGAAGGUUUCCUCAGUCCGAGUGCAGAGCGGCACCUGGGUGGCGUAUCAGUACCCAGGCUACAGAGGGUACCAGUACCUGUUCGAGAAGGGCGAGUAUAAGGAGAACUCUGAGUUUGGGGCUCAGGUGCCGCAGAUCCAGUCGGUCAGACGGAUCCGUGACAUGCAGUGGCACCAGAGAGGAGCUUUCCACACCUCCACCUGAACUUCCUCUCUCAUCCUCCUCACGAUGAUGAUGAUUCCGUGUGCUACUGCUUCAUGAAUAAAUAAAACCGCUUUGCUUUA